AUGGAGAAUAUUAGUAAUGAUCCAACACCUAAUUUAAAUCCUACUCCUAUACCAAUUUUGUUUAUUACUAAUAAUUGGAAUGAUCAAAAUUGUUUUCAUUGUGGAGAUAAAUACGUUCAAACUCUCGUUGGCGCCCAAAAAUAUUGCAAAAAAUGUUUAUCACGUUACAUCGACGAUAUAGCUGAUAAGCCAUUUAAUACUUCAUACUUGGAUGUAAUUAUACGCAUGAACUCAGAAUGUAGCGAAAACGGGAAUAAGGAAUCACUUGUAUCAAAUAUUCAAGAAUGGUGCAAAUAUUGUUCGGAGAUUUCAUUGUUCAAACAAAUAUGCUUUGGCGAUUAUUGUACCGGCAAGUUUUCCGAAUGUGAAAAAUGGUGCACUUUAUGUAAUAAAUACAUUCAUAACAAUAACCAAAAUAAAUUAGAAAUGUGUUCAAAUUGCUAUUUAAUUUCCUCUGGAUGGAUAGAAUCAACUCUGAUUAAAAGACCCAUUCCAAUUCUUUAUUUAUCAUGGUGGGAUGAUCACCCUAAUUGCAUAGCUUGUGAUUUAAAACUAAAAUCCACGUCAUCACAAAGUCAAAAGUAUUGCGGGCAUUGCUAUGUAAAUUACAUUGGAUGUAGAUAUUGUUUAACUACCAACAUUAUUUUUGGUUUUACAGAUCAGUCUACAUGUAAAAAAUGCGAUAGGAUAUUAUUUAACACCAUUGAUUUCACAUGCACUAGCAGCGGAAAUAGUGAAUUAGACCGUUUUUUAUAUGAUCUAAGAUUUGAAUUUUAUAACAAUUUAGAGUUAGAUAAGAUUAUUGAUCAGAUAAAAAAGGAAGGCAAGUUAUUGGAUAUUUAUAAGUUGAUACGUGAUAAAUAUGUUAUUGUUCAACCCGAACCGAUGAUGGAAUGGAUACCGUAUUCUCAAAUUAAAGAUAAAGUAGAAAUAGCAAGAGGAGGAUUUGGUACCGUAUAUCGAGCAAUUUGGGAGGAUGGUCCAAUGAGAGAUCGAAUUUCUUCCAGAAAAGAAAAUGAGAUUGUUGCUAUAAAAGGAUUUGAAGACAGUGACCAUUUUUUAAAUGAGAUAAAAUCAAGCCGUUACUGCUAUAAAUUUAAACAUCAUCUUAUUAGGCAUUAUGGAUUUACAAAAGAUCCUAUAUCCGAAACUUAUAUGUUGGUAAUGAAGUAUGCAUCAGGAGGGGACUUAGAUUUUUAUUUGAAAAAUAAUUUUACAGAUAUUACAUGGAAUAAAGAAAAACUGUAUAUUUUAUGGCAAAUUUCGGAAGGCCUUGAAAAUAUUCACAAUUCAAACUUUAUACAUCGAGACAUUCAUAGUAAUAACAUAUUAUUUGACUCAAAUAUGUCAGUGGCUGCAAGAUAUCGAUGGAAAAUUGGAGAUUUAGGAUUAUCACAGCCUGCAAAUACUAUCUUAUUGAAUAAUGAAAUAUACGGAGUAAUACCAUACAUUGCGCCGGAAAUAUUUCAAGGUUUUGCAUUUUCUAAAGAAUCCGACGUUUAUAGUAUGGGUAUGAUUAUGUGGGAACUUACAACAGGUUGUAAACCUUUUGCUAAUAUUGGACAUGAUCACGCACUUAUUUAUCAAAUUAUUGAUGGUAUAAGACCUGCAAUUACAGAAGAUACACCAGAGUGUUAUGCUAAUCUAAUGAAACGUUGUUGGGACGCAGAUCCUAAAAAAAGACCUUCUAUUAAAGAAGUUCGUGAAAUUCUUGGUAGUUGGUAUUUUAGAAAUAGAAAUAUUGGGCAAUUUAAUGAGGCUGAAUUAAAAAGAACAGAGUUAAUAAAAUCAAAGAAACUUGGUCCUAAAUUUAUUGAAAACCGUCAUUCAGAAGCUAUAUAUACAAGUAGGUCAUUACAAGGAUACAUUACAAAAGCUUAUGAGCUUGACAUUAAUAAUAUUCCAAGGCCGAUUACUUCGAAUAUAAUUACUUCAAGAAAACGUAAAAUUGAAGAAUCAGCAGAUGUUGAAAAUCAUGAUAAUAGUGGAAAACACAUUAAAAUUAAUCGUAAUUCAAGUCUAUAA